UGCGCGCCCGAGGGAGCCAUGAGCGGUCGUGUGGGAGACCUGAGCCCGAAGCAGGUAGAAGCGCUGCAGCAGUUUCGAGAGACAGUUCAGGAUAUUUUACCCUCUCUUCCCGCUCAGCAUGACCAUUUCCUUCUUCGCUGGCUCAGAGCCAGAAGCUUCAGCGUGCCAAAAGCAGAAGCAAUGCUCCGAAAGCAUGCAGAGUUCCGGAAACACAUGAAAGUGGACACUAUAAUCGACUGGCAGCCACCAGAGGUUAUUGAAAAGUACCUGUCGGGGGGUAUGUGCGGUUACGAUCGAGAGGGGAGUCCUAUUUGGUACGAUGUGAUUGGCCCUCUGGACCCAAAGGGCCUCCUCUUCUCUUGUACCAAGCAAGACUUCCUGAGGUACAAGAUCCGAGAUACAGAGCUUCUCCGGAAGGAGUGUGAGAAGCAAUCCAAGAAGCUGGGGAAGAACAUAGAGUCCAUCACUUUGAUUUACGACUGUGAGGGCCUGGGCCUGAAACACCUGUGGAAACCUGCAAUUGAAGCCUAUGGAGAGGUGCUUACCAUGUUUGAAGAGAAUUAUCCUGAAGGACUCAAGAGGCUAUUCCUCAUUAAAGCCCCUAAGCUCUUCCCUGUUGCCUACAACCUUGUCAAGCAUUUCCUGUGUGAAGACACCCGUCGCAAGAUCAACAUCUUGGGGGGUAACUGGCAGGAGGUUUUGCGGAAGUACAUUGAACCCGAGCAGCUGCCAGUGACUUAUGGGGGCAUCCUCACUGAUCCAGAUGGAGACCCUAGCUGCAGGUCCAAGAUAAAGUAUGGAGGAGUCGUCCCAAAGUCGUACUACAAGCAAGAAUCUGUCAAAGUGCAGUAUGACCAAAGUGUUGUCAUCAACCGUGGGUCCUCCCACCAGCUGGAAUAUGAGAUCAUUUCCCCAGGCUGCGUACUGCGGUGGCAGUUCGCAAGUCAAGGGGCAGACAUUGGUUUUGGGAUCUUCAUGAAGACGAAGGUGGGCACAAGGCAGCGGGCAGGUGACAUGUUGGAGGUGCUGCCUAGUCAGCGGUAUAAUGCUCACCUGGUGCCUGAAGACGGCUCUUUAACCUGUGCUGACCCCGGAGUCUAUGUGCUGCGAUUUGACAACACCUAUAGCGUCCUCCAGUCCAAGAAAAUCAGCUUCACGGUGGAGGUCCUGCUGCCUGACACUAUGCCACAGUCACCAAAGAGUGAAGGAGGGAGCAAAGAGGAGUCCGAACCAAGUGCAAACAACCAAUAACAGCACACUACUGACAAUUAAAUAUGUAGAAGUUAAGAUUCGGGUUCAUUCGGUGCAUGAUGAGAAGACACCUUGAAUUUUAUUCCUUUUAACCCCGUAGAGUCUAGGCAUUUCACACCAUUUCAUUUAUACAAAUCUACACACGCAGGGAGAAUAUGAAUUCCUCAGUGGUUGAGCGCGAUUAAAACCCAUCUCUAACUGCAGAGUCCAGGUACCGUCAGAUACCAACACUUUGCAUUGUUCCGUGAUAUGCCACAUGUGCACGUGUGAUGGAUUUAAACAGCAAGUUAAAAGUAAGGCCCACCUGUUCCUAAGGAAAUUUACCUACACGAUCAUAAUUCGGGAGAAAUAUAGUAAAAGAAAUAGACUGUAGCAUUUACUUUGUUUCUAACAGUAAAUUUAAUAUUAAAUAUGAAUAAAGGAGCAACAAUGCUCGGAUAUGUGUGUUAAAAAUAAUUUUAUUGCCAGGUAUCAUAACUUACUAAUACACACACACACACACA